UGCUGCUUUCUUCACUUCACAUGUCCUUAAAGGUUUGAUAAAAUCUAUGGCUUCUCUUAACCUUUUCAUUAUUCCCAUUUUCUUGCUUUUGGUUCUUGCACCAACUCAUCUUGCACAAUCCAACACUUUGAAGGCAAAGAUCUCUUGCCUUGACUGUCAAUCCAACUAUGAUCUUUCAGGAAACUUGAUCAUGGUGAUGUGCGAGAGAGUAAAGAACUUAACUAUGGCAAUUACCAAAGCCGAUGGAUCAUUCGAGACUCCGCUUCCUUCCGACGUGGCCUCCGUCGACUUCGAAGCAGCUGGUUCUUCUCCCAAGUGCAUAGCCAAGCUUGUUGGGGGAGCUCACCAGCUCUUUGCUUCAAGGAAAGACAUGGCUUCUACCAUCAUCAAGAAGACCAACUUCAAGUUCUUCACAAUUGCCACUCCUCUCAAGUUCUCAACAUGCAAAGAAAAUAAAAAGUGUAAAGCCAUGAAGAAAGAUUUUAUUGAAGAUUCUAAGACCAUUGAUUUGCCUUUGCCACCUGAGUGGGGCUUCCCACCCACAAGCUACUAUUUCCCUGUGCUUCCCAUCAUAGGCAUUCCUUGAGCAUUAAUUGUGUAUUUGGGGAGCAUAUAUGGCUAAGUAUUACAAUAAAUGUGGUCUAUGAGAGAUUAAUUUGUAUCUCCAAACUUAUGGAUGAGUAUGAAUGAUUAUAGUUAAUGACUAUUGUCUACUAAUUCACUA